ACACAGACACACAGCACUAUGGCAUCACAUUGCAACCGCCAAUAUUUUCUAAACCCAAGGCUUUCCCUCCAGCUGCUGGCUCUGGUUGGGACUUUGACGUGGCACAUUCUUGUCACAGAAAGUGCUACUUCAAUUCAGCUCAGAGGGGAGGUUGGUGGAAAUGUGACCUUUUCCUGCCCCACUGCGAAACAAAAAUUAAGAUUUUUGUACUUUCAGAGGGGUGAGAUAUUUGUGAAUGGCUACUAUGAAUCAAAAACUGCAUUAGAGAUAGCAGAGCUGGCAUGGAAGAACACCAUAAUGGAUCACGACAAGACAACUAUGCACAUGUACAAUUUGAACGUCUCACAUCAUGGUGAAUAUCAGUGCCAUUUCCAGUACAUUGGCAGUAGUGCAACUCACAAACAAAUCAUACAUCUCAAUCUUACAGCCAACUACAGUAAACCUGCUCCCACAGUGCACUGCAGUGAUGAAAACCAUCGCUUUAGUUGCCUAGUGACAUGUGCUUCACAUGAUGGGUACCCAGUCAACAAGGUGACGUGGAACGUACCAGGGAGUCAGAUUUGGACGGUUUUGAACAGCAGUGAAAUGAACGAUCCAAAAACCAUGAUGGUCAACAGCUCAAGCACUGCAUACUUCAACUGCUCCAAUGGAAAUACGUCAAUCAGCUGCUCUGUGGGCAACGUCAGCUCAGACGUGUUCUCAGUCUGUAUACCCAUUGGUCCACCACCUGUUCCUCACAGUCCUGUGAUUGAAGCCAUCUGUGCAGUGGUGGGUAUCACUAUCACUAUGCUGGUAUUGCUGCUGUGGUGGAGAUGCAAGAAGGGACAGAGAGGAGCGGCAGCAGUAGAUUUUAGGCGAGUAAAUGGAUGUGAGGAGGAGGCAACAGUCCACAAUGAAAGCAAUGAAGGGAAAGAGGCCUCUUGAGUGCUGAAUUGGUGAAGAUGCAUAAAGGACUUCUUCUUCUUCUUGGUUCUAGAAUCUAGAACUAAAACUAUAUGUCAUUCAAGUGUACAUUACAUUUGUGACUGACUAGCUAUAUACAAGCCAGGAACCGCCAGAGUGGUCGGUGACUCAUUGGCACUAGUCUGUGAAUCAGAAUCACUGGGGAAUGCUGUCGACAUUUCACUGACUUUUAAGUGUUUGAGGAAGUAUUCCUUAUGACUAUCACUUUACGGUUGAUGUGCAGUGCAUCAUUCAACUGAGAGUAGCUUACUUCUAAAAAAGAAAAACAACAACAAUAAAAUAGAUAAAGACUUUUCCAAUGGCUGUGGUGAGAUUGUUGUUGUAUACUGGAAAACAGUCUCUGUGUGGAGGAAAAACAACAAAAGCGGUGUUUGUUUGUUGUUACACUGACCUCUACGGGCAGAAGCUGAAUCUGUUAGACAUGCUGCAAGUUUCACUUUUGGACUGUUGUUGUUGUUGCACUUUAAAAUUCCCCUUGUGCCUUUUCGUAAGUAUAGCACAGUCUACAAUAUUAUGUUGUGUUAGUGUUUGGCUUUGUGGAAUUGUUUUAUUUUUUUAUUUAAUGCACAUAAUAGAACAGUCAAUGUUACUCAUGUCAUGCCAGUAUAGGCCUACAAUUCAUUUUGUUUUGAAAGUGUUUGAAAUGUACUGUGGUUCCCUAAUUUUGUCUAGGGUUUUAUUCUCCAAUUCGUUUUGUCUAUCAGAAAUGAUCAUUGGCAAGGAAAAUAUGUGUGAAUGCAGAAUAUAUGUUUUUUUCUGCAAUAGAUUCCAGUAUUUUAUGAGGUAAGGUGCAAUAUUAAAUACAAAGGGAAAGGGUUUUUGUUUUUGCUAAUUAAAUUACCGUUACCCUUAAAACUAAUAUUUUGGUCUUCUUAGCAAUUCUGACAUUUUUUUCUCAGGUGACUGUUCUCAUGUAAAAUAUUGUUAUUUUGCUAUUUAUUUUUAUUUCAUGUUUUUCUUUCUUAAUAUUAAAUUGUGUGUUGUUUACCCUGUUUACACUUUUUGGGUAAUUUAGGCUGUUAUUCCUCCUUCCUAUGAAUGAAUGAAUUACCAAACAUUUCAAAGGGCUGCUUCCGUUUCCUACAUCUGUAAGAAUGAUGGCUGUUUGCUUACUUUUUCAUGUUUAUAUGGCAUUUUACAUAACUUCGCAAUCCUGUCCUAUAUCUUAUUUUUGUUCUUUGGUACUAAAUGUACAAUGGAUUAAACUUGUAAUUAUA